GGGUGUUGGCUUUUGCCCUCAAUUCAAUAACAUAGUGUUCUGUAUCGUUAUAGCACUGCUAAAGGUAAUAUGGAGUUUUUAGAUGUCAACUUGGCGGAAGUUGCUUCGGCUUUUCACGAAGAAAAAAGUUUCGGAAAAAGAUGCAGCAAAGCACCUAGCGAUCUAAUUGAGGCGAAAAAGUGCUGCAAAAAGUUUCCGAAAUUCCAGACUAACACACUUUUUACCGGAUAUGGUUGCAUUCAUGAGGUUGUUUAUCCUGCUGGCCGUUUACUCAAAAACAUACAGAGAGUGGAGAUGCCCGCAAAACAUUAUUCUUUCACGUUAGAUCCAUUUCAGCAACGUGCUAUUCUUUGUAUUGAAAACGAACAAUCUGUCAUGGUAUCCGCUCAUACUUCCGCUGGUAAAACUGCGGUUGCAGAGUAUGCAGUUGCUAAAAGCUUGAUUCAGAAGCAGCGCGUUAUUUACACAACACCUAUAAAAGCCUUAAGUAAUCAAAAGUUUCGUGAGUUUUCCGAAAGUUUUAAGGAUGUUGGCCUUAUGACUGGUGACAUAACUAUUAACCAGGAAGCAACUGUUCUUAUUAUGACGACUGAAAUACUGAGAUCGAUGCUAUACAGAGGAUCAGAAAUCACGCGUGAAGUUGGUUGGGUCAUUUUUGAUGAAAUCCACUAUAUGAGAGAAAAAGAGCGCGGUGUUAUCUGGGAAGAAACUAUUAUCUUACUGCCGGAUAGCGUUGGACUUGUUUUUCUUAGUGCAACAAUCCCAAAUGCCCGCGAAUUUGCCGAAUGGAUAGUAUUUUUGCAUGACAAGCCCUGUCAUGUUGUUUCAACAGACUAUCGUCCUGUACCACUUCAGCAUUAUGUUUUCCCCUGUGGCGGAGAUGGUAUUCAUUUGGUAGUUAAUCAAAAUCGUGAGUUUCUGGAGUCCAACUUUAACAGUGCCCUACAUGUAUUGCAAAAUGCUGGUGGCAAUGCAGUUUCCGAUACGAGGUCGCGUGGACGCAAUAAUGGCAGCACUCGUGCCCAGCCACAUUGCUUAAAGUUAGUUAAAUUGGUAAUGGAUCAAAAUUUGGAGCCGCUUAUUGUGUUUUCUUUCAGUAAAAUGGAUUGUGAAUAUUAUGCUAUGCAGCUAAACAAAAUGAAUUUUAGUACUGACUCUGAGAAGACUGCCAUUGAAAUAGUAUUUAAUAAUGCGAUCGAGAAUCUUACCGUUGAAGAUAGGAAGCUUCCACAGGUUCAGAUUUUAUUACCUGUGCUACGUCGUGGAAUCGGUAUACACCAUGGAGGUUUAUUACCGAUUUUAAAAGAAAUCGUUGAAGUAUUGUUUGCUGAAGGUUUGAUAAAAGUACUUUAUGCUACUGAAACUUUUGCAAUGGGACUCAAUAUGCCAGCUCGCACUGUAUUGUUCACAUCAACUCGUAAAUUCGAUGGCCAUGAAUUUCGCUUGCUUUCAUCUGGAGAGUAUAUUCAAAUGUCUGGACGUGCAGGUCGUCGUGGGAAAGAUACACGUGGGACUGUGAUAAUGAUGUUAGAUGAUCGUAUCAGUUCAGAUGAAGCUAGAAAAAUUCUGCUUGGUGAACCAGAUCGACUAGACUCAUCAUUCUACUUGACCAACAAUAUGAUACUUAAUUUACUACGUGUUGAAGAUAUUAAUCCUGAAGUCAUGUUAAAAAAAAAUUUUCAUCAGUUUCAAUGUAGAUCUGAAUUACCUGUUCUUGAAAAGCGUCUCGAGGAUCUCGAAAAUCUUAACGACAAAAUAUGUUUUCCAAAGGAUUUGGAUGUUGACCAACUACAUGCAUAUAUCAAACUCCAACGUGCUAUUUCUGCGUGUGAAUCUGAGCAGUGGUUAUUAGUUUCACAAAGAAAGUGUAUUACGCCUUUUCUUCAACCUGGUAGAGUAGUUCGAGUCAAAAGUCCGGACAAUGUUGAUUUCGGGUGGGCAAUUGUUAUACACAUUGAUCGUUCCCAUUAUGCAAAUGUAAGCUCUGUACGUGAUAACGGGAUUUCAGUUACUUGUCUCAUGGAAGUUGCUGAGAAUCAUAUUUUACAUAAUUCAGAUUUCACCAAAAAGCCAGUACCUCUUUCACUUAUGAAACCAUUCAAUGAUAGCGAUUUCCAGAUUCAUUCCAGUGCUAAAACAUCGGUCAUUCAAAUUGUAUCUGUGCCAUUUAUUUGUUUGUCUUCUAUUUCCAGUGUUUGUCUUAAUUUAAGUGCACUAUUCGAAUGUGACUACAAAAAUACUCAGAUGUUACUCAACAGAUUGUUUCUUCAAUCAGAACAUGUUAAACGAAAAAUUUGGGAUGGCGUUAGUCGUGCGGAAGAGAAAUUGGGCGGCAGGUUACCUACGCUCGAUCCUAUUAAGGAUUUAAACAUUAUGGAUGACCGUAUUAAACAACAAUCUGCCACGAUUGCUUUACUGAAGGCGCGAAUGGAAAUGAAUACAGUGUCUACACGUACUGACCUUAAAUAUCUUAUUGAUCAGUUCAAUCAGAGAGCCACCAAUUUAAUGAAGAUAGAACGUAUUCGUGAACGCAUGAAUAAAGCAGAUUCCCUUUCUUUACAUGGGGAAUUGCUUGCGAGGAAAAGACUUUUACGAAGACUGCAUUUUUGUUCAGAGGAUGAUACAAUCGCACUAAAAGGUCGUAUUGCCUGUGAAAUAUCUAGCGGUGAUGAAGUCAUACUAACUGAACUGUUGCUGGAUGGAUUUUUCAACAAAUUCUCUGCAGCACAAUUAGCGGGUGUCAUGUCUUGCUUUGUUGCAGAAAAACAAACAAAGCAAAGUCAGUUAAAUUUAACCUCUGUAAUGGAAAAGGCAUUGAGAAGUAUUCAUGAGAAAGCAAGAUACAUCGCAAGAAUUUCCUCUGAGUGUAAGAUUGUUCGUCAUUGUUGGCCGAAUGACAACGAAGAUAAGUGUCUUGCAAUGUCGAGUAUCGAUGGAUGCCCAAAUCGCUGCUCGAGUCUUCCAAGUGAUGAAUCUGCUUACGUAAGUCACUUUGUUGGUGACUUAAUGGAAGUUGUAUGUGCAUGGGCUGAAGGAGUCUCUUUUUCUCGUCUUUGCGAAUUAACAAAUACAUUUGAAGGAAGUAUAAUAAGGUGCAUUCGAAGACUGGAGGAACUUCUGAAUCAAAUGCAUAAUGCAGCGAAAGUGGCAGGAAACACGGAAUUGGAAAAUAAAUUUCUGGAAAGUAUGUCUCUUUAAUAUUAUGUGUUAAUGCUUUACGUUUUCAAACCACUAUAUAUAUAUAUAUAUAUAUAUCAUUUGCAUGAAGAACUGAAUAUUAAACAUGUACAUACAACUCUGAGUAUUCAUGAUGUAUCUGUGGACACAGGUUGCAUUAUUCUUGCAUUUUUAUUCUGAAUUAAUAGGUAAGUUCAGUACAGGUGGCUGAUUCAAAUGUCAGAGUGUGGCCAAGGUUACCUAAAUGCCCAAAGAGAGAGAAAUAUGUAAGAGGAAUGUUGGAAAAAAAGCAGUUUUCCUAAUGCUACCGCAACUAAUGAGUGUAAAAUGCUCUACAGCAGUUUAGUUUUGAAAGCUGUUGAAAAUGAAAAUAUAUACAUCGACAACAUCUACACAUUUCAGCAAAUGUAAUCAUAACAUGUGUAGACGGAAUUUAAGGUUCGAAUGAAAUACAUGAACAAUGUAUGCAUUUAACAAGUUUUCAUCUUCGCUACUAAAAUUAAUUUUUGUAAACAUCAUCUUUUUAAUUUUUUUUAUUUUGAAAUUUCAGCUGUCAUUUUAAUCAAAAGAGACAUAAUUUUCUCCGCCAGUCUG